GUUGUUCCCAAUAUAUCCAUAGGGUGGCGGUGCACUUCGAGUUCCAAACCACCGGAUAAAUAUAUUGGACGGUUUCACGUCGCGUCAUAAGGAUUCUGCAUUCUGUAGUUUACACCGGGUUAUUCUACUCCAGCGUCUCGGAUCCUGUAUCAGACUGGUUUUUAAAAAAUGAUAAGAGUGAGAUACUGGACUGCAAGCAUCCUGCCUUUGUUCCUUUUCAUUGGAAACUGGAACUUCUGCUUGGGAUUAAGUGGAUUCACAAUCGAUCCUCCAGCUGACUUGCAUAUAACAGACCCGGGCUACCUGGGCUGGCUGCGCGUAGGAUGGGCACUGCCGUCCACAUUGAGGAACGUCACUCGCUGCUCCGUCCGCUUCCAGCUUCAGUAUUUCAACACCUACCAGGACAGGUGGACGACUAUCAGGACGACUCGGCUGAGUUUUCACGCCCAGUUUGACCUCGGGAAGGAGGUGCAAGUGAAGGUGUCCACGUUGCUUAGGGGGUCUUGCACCAACAACUCGGAAAUCCUAAGCCCACCUUCAGAGCUAGUCCUGCAGCCUCCCGGUGGAGGCAACGGGCCAAAGAUCGCUGGCUUUGGCUGUAUCUUUCAUCGUAAAGAGUUCAUGGAAUGUACCUGGAAUGAGACUGGAGAGCAGCCAGGACCCACCCAAACGUCUCUCUUCUACUGGCACAAGAAUAUGGAACGCGCCCUGGAGUGCCCGGGCUACAUCUUCUCCGGCGCUGAAAGAGUUGGCUGCGGCUUCCCUCUGGACAUGCUGCUCGAGUUCUCCGACUUCAACAUCUUAGUGAAUGGCUCGUCCAGCAACAGGCCCCUGCAGCCGUCCUACUUCAGCUUACAGAUUCAGAAUCUUGUAAAGCCAUCUAUUAUUGAGACCUUGAAGGUAACGGCGCACCCUGAUAGGAAUGUCACCGUGGAAUGGUUACCACCUGAAGGAAGAAUCUACCACAGUUGUCUGGAAUUUGAGGUGGAGUCCCAGCUGGAUGGUAUCAUGGAGAGAUGCAUCACCCGGGAGCUGACCUGCACCUUUGAGGCGUCCAGUCGCAGUGAGACCAGCUGCUUCCGGGUCAGAUCUAGGGUGCACAUGUUCUGCGCAGACAAAGGGUUCUGGAGCGACUGGAGCCUUCCCCGUUGCCUGUCGGUUCCAAAAAUAACACCAGACGCCAGCGCGCUGAUGAAGAUGGUCCUGGCCUGCGUGCUGCCCGUCACCAUCCUCGCUCUCCUCGUAGCCCCUCUCUUGCUGUGGACCUGCAGGAGAACGCUGAAGAAGCGGAGCUGCUUCCUGACUCCCGAAAAGAACAUGUUUACCCCUUUCUGCGGCUCGCCGGCUUCUUCCACUGAAAAGCUGCCUUUUCAGCUGGACAAAGCUGACGUCCAGCUGUUCCAGGACGGCCAGAGCGUUUAAACCUCGUUUCCGCUGCAGCUGCCCCUGCUCUUUUAUCCUUGAUAUAUUAGUCCUAUAUGCACUAUAUGCCAGAGUCUUGCCAAUCGACUUUAGUAUUUUUUUUAUCGCAUAGCACGAUACUGUGUACCUGACCCAGAAAUGUUUGAUCUGUCUACAUUUUCUGACGUUUCGUGAUUCUACAAUGACACAGGAUGCUUGGAGAGUCUGACUGACCGUUUUGUCAUUGAGACACAUGAACGUGGGAACAACCGGCACUAGACAGUCCGCUCUAACCCGCUAACUCGCCGAGCGUUUUAGCGGUUACGGUGUGUACAGUGCCCCACUUAACCCACUGAAAUCAUAUUCCUUGUAUUAUUUGCAGAAACUGCACACAGUUCUAGCCCUGCCUAGUCUUGCCAGACAGCUUGCCUUUUACAGUACUGUAAACUGUAGAUUUUAUUUGGGGUUAUUUUGCAUUAUUGGGAUCAUGCUGUUCCGAAGUAGCCAUAUUAGCUAGCAGCUGAUUCGCCCUCCGGCUGUCACUGUGGUAUUGCCUGUUUGUUAUGAUGUCAUUACUGAUGAGUCAGCAUGGAAACUAUUGUUUAAAGAGAUCUGCAAGAUUUGGAGGGGGGGGGGGGGGGGGAGGUUAAUGAUUGGUUGAAUUUCGACUCUCUCUGCCCAUCCCCUGCCACAUAGGCACAUACCCCUGGGGGGGUCAGGUAGGUUUACACAUGUGACCCUGUCUUUGGGUAUCAGGGAAGAAAGAAGAAGGCUGAUUCAUGUGGUUCCAUGUUAUUCUGAUUUACUAUUAAAAGAGUCACAGACUGUGCACAGAAUGUAAUUCUCACAGUAUUAGGCCGCAGGAUCUGAGCUAUGCGAGACGUCAUGCAUCGUUUUGUACGGAUCGCGUCAAAUUUCUCUGCACUAAUAAAAGCAUUUUUGCUUGCCUGUUUUCCAAAA